CAUUCGAUCAACUAGCAGAGAUGGAGAGAAACGUGUUUUGAAAAGUUCCCCCUUUUUUUGUCAUUGUGUUUGCAGUCCUGCCAACUGGCUAACGUGCACAAACAUGAAAUAAACAACAAGAAGAAUCUUCAGUUCAGAGCUGGACAUUGAACCUGUUAACUGGAAAUCUAUUUUCAAGGGUAUCGUUGCAACAAGAAGAAAGACGAAAAGGAGUGCGCUAUUCUUUCUUAUUUAGAAUCUACGGAUUUCUUAAACUGGAAUUUUAAAAAUUUUUACGACGACUAACAGAUGGCACUGCCAAGGAAAAAGAGUAAAGAAACCCUGAAAGUCUUUUAAGUCCAAUGUCGUCCAAUUAUCUUCCCGCAUUUCCGUAAUUUGUUGGCUCACUCACGUGCGUAGCCUUCGUCAACGAUGGCUACACCUGCCGAAAACAAUAAAGUAGAGCUCGAAAACAGCGACUCCGACACUUCCUUUCUGUCGGACGUCGAAGAAGUUGACCACAUGAAAAUUCUAUCGUCAAGUGGAGCUGAUGGACUCCAAUUCGUUGACUCGUAUUUUCAGCGGGAGGCAUCGUCUCUCUUGACUGACAACUCUGAUCUUUACAGCAAUACCUGUGACAAUAGCAGUCUUAACACCUCUCUCUUGCCUUGGGAACGUCUGGCAGAUUGGAUACACUGUUUCUGUGUUGUGACAUUUGAUCUUGAAAUAGGUCAAAUGAUAGAGGAAAUCUACCCCAGUCAUGUGACUCUGUCUGAACAAGAUAAGACAAGCAUAUGCUACCUGGCCUUUCCAGAUUCCAACUCUGGUUGCAUGGGAGAUACACAAUUUCAUUUUCGAAUAAGACAAAGCUCUGCCAAUGUAGAUGGGAACAAUGGAAGUUCCCAAAUGGAUCUUUCAAAUCCGAUUCCCAAAGCUCAUUCAAGGUACAAUCAGCUGUGCCCACCUGCUUUCAGAACAGAUUCAUCUUAUUGGUGGGGUUUCGCGUACUUCCGUCAAGUCAAAGACAAAAACUUGCGUAGAGGUUAUUUUCAAAAGUCAUUGGUAAUUGUGACCCGUUUGCCCUUCGUGGAAUUGUUUCAAGAGUUGAUGGCUGUAAUAGCACCCGAAUUCUUUGAUAAAGGGAGCAUCUGCCUAGAAAUCAGUGCUAAAGAGAUCGACCAAUGGCCUCGUCCCGUACCUGGCAUAGUGUUGAAUUUGCCUCUAUUAGGGACCCUUUUCCAAGUAAGGAUUCCCAGUUUCUCGGCAGCCGCUAGUCCGUCAUUUUCCACCAGUCUUACGGCCUCUCCUUCAAAAACGUCUUCUAAUUCGCUGUUACGGAGGCGCUGCCUCAUAGCAACCGAUGUCGACCUCUAUUCGGCUUUGGCUCCGUUACUCCCGCAUCUUCAAAUGCUCUGGGAACUGCUCCUCUGUGGGGAGCCGCUAGUGGUCAUGGCAACUAGUCCUUCCAUUUGCUCCCACGUCGUCCAAGCUCUCGUCAAUCUUAUCCACCCGCUUCAGUACUGCCUAGAUUAUCGACCCUUCUUUACCAUACACGACUCUGAGUUCAAAGAGUACACUGGGCGUCCGUCCGAUCCUCCGCCAUCUGUUCUGUUAGGCGUCACCAAUCCCUUUUUUGCCAAGGCAUUGCAGCAUUGGCCACAUAUUAUCCGCAUUGGCGGAGAUAUUCUGAGUAGUAGUGCAGGACUGAAGAUUCGUGCUACCAAAUCGAAUGUAUCGAGUUCCAGUAAAAUGUCAGAGUGCAAGCCAGGCGUGUACACUUCAUACAAGUCUCAUUUGACACGAGACAAGGCGCUGUUGAAGCUAAUCGCCAAAGGGGCACAAACACGGCGCCCUAAUCAGGUCCAGUCGGCCUUGAUGCGUCGCCAUUUCCUUGAGCUAACGCAGAGCUUUAUCAUUCCGUUGGAGAGGUACUUUGCCCGGCUGAUGCCUUUACAAAAAUCCAUCUCACCUUAUAAGGCGGUUCCUGGUCUAAGUCCUUUCAAAGCUGAAGAAUUUUUAGCCAGCGUCGAACAUUGUGGCCCACAGCUGACCACAGGGGUUAAAGGCGAUUGGACAGGAUUAUACCGCCGCUUUUUGCGGACGCCAAACUUCGAAUCGUGGUCACAACAGCGCCAUCAGGAAGCUAAUAAUAAAUUGCGUGCCCUUCAAAUGGAUGCCCUCAGCCAAUCGGACAUAACAUCAUGGCUUCAAGGGAAACGUGAAGUCGAAGUAGUAGACAUGGUGCUACGUCUCCGAGAGAAGCUCAAUGUGACGCUGGCCGAGGAGACACUUCCAGUAAGCCCUCAAACACGAUUACAUCUACAAGGGCAAUUGGACACAGUCUUACAAAGUCUCCCAGAGGACCUUCGAUCCGUUCUUAAGGCCAGUUGAGCUUAGCUCAUUUAUUAUGAUUAUGCUAUCUCCUCUCUCUUUUUUCUCCCUUUUUUUCUCACAUGGUCCACAUCUUUUGCAUGUGCUGACAAAACAAGCCUCCAAAAGCUUUGUUCCGUGUCAAAAGGUUCACCAGUGGACCGAAUUUUCGUGAUUCUUCCCUUUUUGAAAAGAGUAUCUUCAAAUGACCGACGAUUACGUGUCUCAGGUUCCAUCGAAUAUGUUCCUGAUUUUACUCGAGUAACGUGACUCCUCUCUAUCUUCCUCCACAAAAAAAACACAAUUUUCUCUCAACUAGGAAAGUUACACAUGAGAAUCGCUAAGGGCGCAAAUAACUAAAGAGAUUAGUGUACGUACGUGUGAUCCCGCCUUACAUGUUUUAACAUUUUGUCGUACAACAUACAUACUCUGCUAGAUUGCACCACUUUCUCCAUUUGGCACUCCACGAAGGCGAUCGGUUGCUAAUAUAACUUUAUUGGUGCACUUUAAUACGGUAUAGUACAAACUUACGGUUGCAUAUUUUGCUCAACUGACGGUAAGACUUGUCAGUUUAUGUGUCUCCCCCUUCAGGCGUCAUCAUCGUUAUCGAUUUAAUACCGUGUAGGCUAUAAUUCUUUUUUUCUGUCUCUUACGUAUUAACGUCAAUACACAUACAUGAUCGACCAUUA